GACUCCUAUGACAAAAUGCAGCGUACUGCAACCUCCAGGAAAACAUUGGGUUCUUGAUGCGGUGUUUAUCUGCGUGGCUCCGCCACAGAUUGGUGUAUAUGUUUUUGCUUUCAUUUUAGCUCUUAAAAACACGUCAGUUGUUACAUUUUAAAACGACCAGUUUGAUUUUUUUUGCCUUUAGAGGAUGUGGAAGAUGAAUUGAAAAAAUGUCGGGUUUGGGUGUAAGUUUAUGAAGCAGAACCACUUGACGACUUCGCAUUUUGGAUCCAAGAGUUCAUUCUUUUAUUUUAAAGCCUCCCGGGCAGGGCGGAGGUAGCCAUGGAGACGGGUCCCUUGGCGCGGCAAGUGGAGUGUGUGGAGCGGAGCAUGGCGUUCCUGCGGCAGGAGCACCUGUCCCUGCUGCGAGGCCUGCACCGGGAGAUCCUGUCCCUGCAGAGGCGCUGUGCUGAACUGACCUGUGAGCUGAACCUGAAGCCCCCAGGAAGGACCCAGGCAGAGGUGGAGGAGGAGGAGCAGCAGCUGGAGGCUCGUUGCCGGGAGGUGGAGGAGCGGCUGAGGGAGCAGCAGUGCACUCUGGGAGAGCUGCGGCGGGAGCUGAGCCACAAGGGGGCGCUGGCGGGCGCGCUGCGGGCCAGCCUGAAGGACAAGGAGCGGCGCUUCCUGGAGGAGCUCAAGAGGCGGAGCCACAGGAUCACGGCGCUGAACGCCGAGCUGCAGCGGCAGACAGACGCAGCGGCGCGCCUCUCCUUCCAGCUGUACGCCGCCCAGCAGAGCCUGCAGGAGCAGGAGGGGCGGCCUCACCGGGGCUGCGAGAGACUGGCCACGCCCCCGCCGCCACCCCCACCUCCCGCGGCCGCCGCCGCCAAACCCAAACACCGCCGCUCCCACAGGCCGGCGGCGCUGGUGCGGGCUGAGAGAGCAAGGGAGUGCGUGCCGCGCGAGAGGGUGAGCGGGCCGGAGGAGCCCGCCCCCAUGCCUGACCCCGCCCUCUUCCUGUACCCCCGCAGGCACAGGCCCCGCCCACGGUCUGCUCACGCGCACAGACCACACCGGGGCCAGGCGGCGGCGCGCUCCAUUGGGGGGGAGGACACAGAAGAGGGGGAGAGCUCUCUGACUGAUCACGCCCCCACCUCCGCUACCACGGCAGCGGCAGAGGCAGAGUGAUCUCAUCACUGUCUUCACCGUCAUCAUCAUCAUCAUCAUCACUAUCAUUAUUAAUGCUAUUACUGUUAAUAUCAUCAUAAGGCCGCAUAUCUCGGCCCCUGCUCCUGAUAUUUAUUGAUAGUAUAUAUGCCACUGCUUUUGCCAGUAGUCACGACUUUAGUUUUUUUUUACUUCACUUAUCACAGCGACAACAACUACAUCACAGUAAGAUUUGAAAAUGGGCUGAAUCAUAGCAAGCCUGUAGUUAUUAGAGGUGUGAAGAGAGAAGAUAGAGGUGUGAAGAGGUAAAUGGUGUUUGAGGUCCCUUGUGCUUGGGGGGGGUCCAGAGGGCUAAAGACCUUCAGACUUGCUGACCGUCCUGAGGCUGUACUCCAUUGCUGUGACUCCAUUUAAAUGUGCAUCCACCAUCAGCAGCUGGUGUGGACUCAUUUUUUUACUUAAUUGCAUCUGCAUUUCUAACAUCUGUGCUUUUCACUUGCAAAUUUUCACUGGAGCAAAAAGAUCAGUUUGAAGUUGAGGCUGAUUUCUGCUCUUGUCCCCACCUGGUGUCUUUGAUAUCAUGACUGAAUGCGAGGUGAAAGCAGAGGUGACAAAGUGGAUGCAGUGACGUAAGGAGCCAAUCAGAUGCUUGUUUUGAUCAUGCAAACCAAAACAGGUUUGGGACAGUUAGCAGCUCAAAGGCUCGUUUUUAGCCUCUCCCGUUUCAAGUUUGUGAGCCCCCCCGCAAGAACACACCCGUUUUGUGUGUUCUAGUGUGUUAUCUGCCUAUUUAUUUAUUGGCUGUAAUAGGUGCUCUUGUCCAGACCUGCUUACAGUGACAUCAUGGCCAUACACACAAAGUGCACAUCACAAAUGCAGUAAUAUCCAGUAGAAGGCAUCUGGUUGAAAGGCUGCUCAGUUAUGAGUGUGGAAGCUAAGCUGCUGUAAGCUCAGACUCAGUGCUGAACGUGAUCAUGAUGGAAGCAGGUCAUGCGAGAGAGACGUGCCGCGCACGAGUGCUGCUCUCGGCCCUCCACAGUGAGAACUCCAUGCAGUGAGAGGGCGGGGCUUCAGAUCAGGUCCCCUUUCAGGAGGGACCCAGGCUGCGGGAAGCUGUCACUCACAUAUGCUCUGUGUGUUUAGUGGUGCCAUGAACAGACAGACA